AUGGCAGACAAUAAGGAAGGAGGAAUUGUGAAGAAGGGUCAUGAAGAGGGGAUCAAAAUGGCAGUUUCUAUCCUCGAGGAGUUUGAACUUCCUCUGGGGCUUCUCCCUCUUGAAAAUGUGAUAGAAGUUGGUUUCGUUAGGCGUACCGGAUACAUGUGGAUCCAGCAAAAGAAGAAGGUAGAGCACAACUACAAGAUGAUCAGCAAGCUUGUGAGCUAUGACACUGAAGUAACUGGUUUUGUCAGCAAGAAGUUGAUCAAGAAACUCAAGGGAGUGAAGGCUAAGGAGCUCAUGCUCUGGCCUCCAGUUAGUGAGAUUAUUGUUGAUGACCCACCUACUGGCAAAGUUCACUUCAAAAGUCUUGCUGGGAUCACCAAAACUUUCCCAGUUGAGGCAUUUGCUGCUGGCCAGUGA